AUGGUGGAAGUGAUGGAGAUGCUUUAUUCCUUCAAGGAGUGGAGUGCUUAUGGUGCAGGAGUGCCUCUGAUUUUGAAUGACAGUGACUCUGUGGUUCACUGUCCGGCAUUCAAAUAUACAGCCGCUCUGCGAAAUUGGCAACUAAGACAAGAAUAUAUACUUUUAACGGAAUCAGUGCAACUAGAUGAGGACAGUGAUAGUGACUUCAGGGAUUCUAGCAGUGAUGGUAGCUGUGAUUACGAAACUGAUAGGCUAAAAUAUUUGCGUGAGCAAUGGAAUCACCAAAUUCUGACUAGUGAAAUUCCUCGUAGGAUAGAAAGAUUAUCAUUGAGAGACCCGCAUUUACCACCCCACGAAGACUGUUCCAGUGAUGAGGGCGAAUCUAUAAAUUCUCAAGGUUCCUUACUGUUUGGGUAUUUUGAACGGGACCUUCCUUAUUGCCGUGAGCCUUUAGCUGACAAGAUACUCCAUUUUCCUGAGCUAAAGACACUAAGAAGCUAUGAUCUACUGUCAUCCAGUUGGAUAUCUGUUGCAUGGUAUCCAAUUUGUAGGAUUCCAAUAGGACCAACUCUAAAGGAUCUUGAUGCGUGCUUUCUAACAUACCAUUCACUUUUUACACCCGUGAGAGGGUCCUCCUCGGAAAAAGGGCAAUAGGAGAAAGGGUCCAAG